CGUUUUUGCUUUCAUCACCCAUCUUUUUAGCUCCAACUUAAUAUCACAGAAGCUGGUUCUGUUCUCUAUUGGGCUUAAUUUCCCUCCAAAAAAGUAAUAAAAUCUUUGGAUCUUUCUUCCUUUGACAAAUCAACACGCAAUCUUUAAACCCCAUUUGUCCCCUUCCUAGAAAUUUCCUUCCUCAUGAUCUCAAUAGUAAAAGUUAUUCCCUUUAUUUAGCAUUCCGCACCACACCCACUUCCUCUAUCAUAUUUUCUCACCUCCCCUCCUCUUCUUCUUAUCUCUCUCCUCCGUUCUGUGAUCCUCUUAAUCUUCACACACACUGCAUAAAGUUCGAAUCUUUCAACAACCCAGAUUUUUAGUUUCUUCAUCGGAUUUUGAUACAAAAUGGAGAACAACAACAACCAGUCGUUUUGGCAAUUCAGCGAUCAGCUUCGUGUUCAAGGCACCAACUUUGCAAAUCUCACAGUUAAUGAUUCGAUUUGGAGCAAUUCGUACAGCAAGAGGCCUGAUGAAAGGAGGAAUUUCGAUAUAAAGGUAGGCGGCGAUGUCAGUCCUCUGAUCAAUUUGACCCCAAAAGGGUCUGAUUUCAAUGGCUUCAACGACUCUUGGGUCGACAAUCUGAAGCCAAAAGGGUCCUCUGACUCCAACGGCUCCAACGAUGGCUGGAACAGCUUCAAGCCAAAAGCUUCAGAGCUCAACAAUGGCUUCAACGACAGAUGGAACAAUUUCAAGCCAAAAGCUUCAGAAUUUAACGCUUUUAACGAGGGCUGGAAGCUUGCUGCUGCUGCUGCUGCUGGGCCGGUUCUUGGCGGCGGCUCGCAGCUCAAUGGCGGCUUCAACAAGGGGAUUUACUCCAAGCCUGCAAUUUACAACAACAACAACAACAACAAUAACAACAACAACAACAACAACAAUAACAACAACAUGGUCAAUUUGAAGCCCUACAAGAACAAGGCUCAUGAGGAAGAUCUUGUUCAUGGCGGCAAAGUUGGGAAGAAGAACAACAACAAUUCUAGCAAGAAGAAAGCUGGUGGAGAUGACAACAACAAGGACAGCAAGGGCGCUGUGGACAAAAGGUUCAAGACUCUGCCACCAGCUGAGUCUCUGCCUAGAAAUGAAACCAUUGGUGGAUAUAUCUUUGUCUGCAACAAUGAUACCAUGCAAGAAAAUCUCAAGAGGCAGCUUUUUGGUUUGCCUCCACGUUAUCGUGAUUCAGUGAGGGCGAUAACUCCGGGGUUGCCCCUCUUCCUCUACAACUACUCCACCCACCAACUCCAUGGAAUUUUUGAGGCUGCAAGUUUUGGAGGCACCAACUUUGAUCCAACGGCCUGGGAGGACAAGAAGUGCCCUGGCGAGUCACGUUUCCCAGCUCAGGUUCGAGUUUUUACCAGGAAAGUGUGUGAACCACUUGAGGAAGACUCAUUCAGGCCAAUUCUUCACCACUACGAUGGCCCUAAAUUCAGGCUUGAACUUAGUGUACCAGAGGCGCUGUCUCUGUUGGAUAUAUUUGCAGACCAGAACCCUUGAACAAGAACCAAGGUGUAGAGUCGUACAGAUAAUACAACAUACAAGUUAGUGAGAGGAAAGAGAAUAGUGGAUAGGGUUGCUUGGCAUCAUCAAAUAUAUAUUAUAAAUGUUGGUUGGGGAGUUGAGAGAGUUUGGGGAGAAUCUGAAGACGGGUGAAUAUACAAUAUGUAGGAUAUAUAUAUAUAAUGUAUAAUGGUUUUUCUUGCAAGGGGCUGAGAAUUAUAUGUUCUUUUUCCUCUUUGUUCUUUCUUUUGGAAUGUGUAAGCAAGUACAGACGAUGAGGAAGGGGAUAUUUAUUAUGAGUUUGUAUAAGGUUAUAAAAAUACAUGGUGGAUGCACGGUAACGCGUAUGAUCGAAAAUAAAGCGAGUUUUCAAGAGAUUAAACC